CCCCUCCCCCCACGAUGGAGAAGCCGGGCCCGGGCCCCGAGCGGGGAGGGGGAGGAGGUAAACCCGUCCUGUCACUGCACGGAAGGGGGGAAGGGGGAAGCGACCCGUGCUCGACGAGAAGAAGCCCGAGCGGCCACGGCCUCGGCCCCGACCGCCAGACACCAUCGCCGACCCCCGAGUUCCGCUCCCGGCGCCUCACCAGAUUGCUGAAGCUCAAAGAGAUGUUUAAAUCUAAGUUUGGUUCCGUACCCAAGUUUUAUGUUCGAGCGCCAGGAAGAGUCAACAUAAUAGGAGAGCAUAUCGACUACUGUGGGUAUUCUGUUCUUCCUAUGGCUGUCGAACAAGACAUGUUAAUAGCUGUGGAACCUGUGAAAACACACACACUACAGCUGGCCAAUACAAAUCCCUUGUAUCCGGACUUCAGUACCAAUGUUAAUAACAUUCAGAUUGACAAAACAAAACCUUUGUGGCACAACUAUUUCCUAUGUGGAUUUAAAGGAAUUCAGGAGCAUUUUGGUCUUAGUAACCCAACUGGAAUGAAUUGCCUGGUAGAUGGAAAUAUCCCACCGAGUUCUGGCCUCUCUAGCUCCAGUGCCUUGGUCUGUUGUGCCGGCUUAGUGACACUCACGGUGCUGGGAAUGAACCUCUCCAGGGUGGAAUUGGCAGAAAUCUGUGCCAAGAGUGAGCGUUAUAUUGGCACUGAAGGAGGAGGCAUGGACCAGUCCAUAUCAUUUCUUGCAGAAGAAGGAACUGCCAAGUUGAUAGAAUUCAAUCCUCUGAGGGCAACGGAUGUGAAGCUCCCAAGCGGAGCGGUGUUUGUGAUUGCCAACAGCUGUGUGGAGAUGAACAAAGCUGCCACUUCCCACUUCAAUGUGAGGGUGAUGGAAUGCCGACUGGCAGCAAAGCUCCUGGCUAAGUACAAAGGCUUACAAUGGGACAAAGUCAUGAGGCUGGAAGAGGUGCAGGCCAAACUGGGGGUUAGUUUGGAAGCGAUGCUGCUGCUCACGGAAGACGCUCUUCACCCUUCACCCUACAGCCGGGAGGAGAUCUGCAGGUGUCUGGGAAUCAGCCUGGAGGACCUCCAGACCCAAAUCCUAAGUCCAAACACCCACGAUGUGCUUGCCUUCAAACUCCACCAGCGGGCCAAGCACGUGUACAGCGAGGCCGCCCGAGUGCUCCGCUUCAAGGCCAUCUGUGAAGAAGCACCCGACAACACGGUGCAGCUGCUGGGGGAGCUGAUGGACCAGAGCCACGGGAGCUGCCGGGACCUGUACGAGUGCAGCUGCCCGGAGCUGGACCAGCUGGUGGCCAUCUGUCGGAAGUUUGGGGCUCAAGGGUCGCGGCUCACCGGAGCAGGCUGGGGCGGCUGCACAGUGUCGAUAGUCCCCGCAGACAAGCUGCCCGAUUUCCUCGCCAACGUGCACGACGCUUACUACAAGAGACGCCAUCACAGCGAAGCGCCCGAGAAGCAGAGUUUGUUUGCUACCAAACCUGGAGGCGGGGCGCUGGUUUUCCUUGAGGCCUGAGCAAUGUAAAAAAUCUCAGAGAAACUAUUUAGGGCAUUUAGACACUGGCAAGACUUGGUAUGCCACAGUAAAUUAAUCCUCUUUCUGUUUUAUAUUAUGAUGAAUGGUUGCCAUUAUCAAGAUGUAUUUCCAAAGAAACGGUUGAAAGCUUUCUACACUUUAUAACGAUUAUUUUUCCAUCUUAAAAUAUGUGGGUUUUUUUUUUUCAAUCAAUAAGAGCCAAGAUUAUUCUUGGAUAGACCUUUGAAGGAUGGUUUACUGGUAAACACACUGAACUGGACUUCAUUAAACAGAUUGCUACAUUCAAAGCGA